AUGUUUUCUCACCGCCGAGCAUUGGCCAAGACUUUGCGACAAGCGUCUCCGUUCUUCCUUAUCGCUGGUCCAUGUGUACUCGAAUCCCAGCAAAUUGUCAUGACUAUCGCAAAACGGUUAGCUGCAAUUCAGAAAAAGCUACAAAUUCCUGUUAUAUUCAAGGCAAGUUUCGAUAAAGCUAAUCGACAGGAUCUCACAAGCUUUCGAGGUCCUGGACUAGAGUGUGGUCUUGCAAUGUUACAACAAGUAAAGGAUGCAACGGGAUUACCGGUGCUCACUGAUGUUCACGAGACGCAUCAAGUGGCUUCAGUGGCAAAGGUAGUAGACGUCAUUCAAAUACCAGCUUUUUUAAGCCGGCAAACGGAUCUGCUCUUAGCUGCUGCGACUUCCGGAAAGCUAGUGAAUUUAAAAAAAGGACAAAUGUUGUCAGCAGAAACUAUGCUCUUAGCAGCUAAAAAGAUUGCAAUAACACAGAAAGACUCAGAACGUGGAAGUAUGUUUGGAUAUGGGGACCUAGUAGUAGAUCCAAGAAAUCUUCCAUUACUUCGUCGAUCUAAUGGUCUUGUUGUGCAAGAUGUCACUCACAGUGUUCAACGAUCGAGUAGUGCGCAUACCGAUAGCAUUACAAGCGGUGGUAAUCGCGAAUUCAUCCCGACAAUAGCUAGAAUGGCUGCGGCUGUUGGUGUCGACGGCUUCUUUUUUGAGACGCAUCUUGAUCCGACACAGGCACUCUGUGACGCAGCUACAAUGAUACCCAUUGACGAGCUCGAGCCUCUUCUUGAGGAACUUGUUGAGAUUUCUAAUGCCUCUAAGGCUUUACAUGUGUCGGGCGACGAGGCUUUGGAAUCUUUGGUUUGCGAGGAAGUCGGUGCUGCAUGCAUUCGUGCAAUGUAG